GGCGGAGCUCGACGGUUAGUCUGGACGGUUUAAGGUGGAUGACAUGUGGCGGCACUGUUGGCCGCCAGCCGAGGUGAGCGUCGGCCGCCGAGAGGUGAGGGGGUCAGGCGCUGGGUGCCACCACGCCGCCGUCCGCUUUCCGAAGGCACCAGAGGCCACUUCCUGAGGCGAGGCGUCGCGGGAGCCGUAACACGUUCCACAUUGUUGCUCGCCGCUGACUCAGGUUGGCUGGCAGCUGCGCCGCGGUAGUUUUGGUGAAACGGAGAGUGGGUGCGUGGCGCCCCCUUGCUGCCCGUGGGCUCCCUGGCGCCGGCGUGCCCCACUCAGGACGUGGCACUGGUCUAGCCGAGGGCUGGUGGGCGGUGCUGGUGCGCGCGUGAGGUGCCGCGGCAGUGGUGGCAGCACUCAGGGACACAGUGCGGACAGCGGCGGCUCUGAACCCGCGUCUCUCUUGCAGCUCCACGUCCGUCCCCGACACCACCAUGGAUAAUUACCGCCCCACCAAAGUGAACCGCUACUGGAAGCGUCCCAAGCUUCGGGUGUACGACUGUAACGUGAGGGACGCCGAGCGCUUUUACCAGGACUCCUACAAGCGGUACCUCUCGGACAAGGAAGAUGCAGCCCGUCGGGCGGCCCGGGCCAGGUCCAUAGACACCAACAGGGCCGCCAACACCGAGUUCUACCCUCACCUGCUAGCCGGCUCCUUCAAGCGUGAGGAACGCGACAAUCUAAAUCGUCAACUCGAGAUGCCGCCCCUCCCCCCGCCCCUCGCCGAGGUCGCCAAGAACCGCUGGGACCCGGACUACAAGGUGGUGCCUGAGACGAGCUUCACGGCGCGGCAGGAAGGCCUUGCAGAUUUUGACCCACGUGACUCCGCCAGCAUCGAGGAGCGCUACCAGAAGCUCAGGAAGCUGAGAGAGGAGCUUAACCUGCCGGCUGAAGGGGCCGAGACUUCUGCCUUGGCCAGCCUGAGGAGCGGGUCAGUGGGCGCCGGUGGCGGGGGAGGAUAUGGCGCCGAGAGGGAGUCCUACAGAUCAGAACAAUCCUCCCGCACCCUGGCGUCUGCGGGUGCUCCGGACGAUGGCUCUUCCUACAGCUUCAGGUCCGAGAGGACAGCCAGGAUGAACGGCAACGCAGGAGGACCUGAAGGAUACAAGUACAGGACGGAAGCCACGAGCGAGUACAAGCGUGGCGGCGGUGACCAGAACUCCAGCGAGUACAGGUUCAGGUCAGAACGAGGCGGCGGUGACCAGAACUCCAGCGAGUACAAGUUCAGAUCUGAACGAGGAGGAGCGGCAGGGGAACAAAACUCUUAUGAAUACAAGCCAAGGUCAGAGCGAGGCGGUGAUAACAGCUCUCUGGACUACAAGCCGAGGUCAGAGCGGGCAGGCACAGGGGAACAGAGCUCCUACAAGCUGAGGUCUGAGCGGGCAGGAGGCGAUCAAAACUCUUAUGAAUACAAGUUCAAGUCAGAGCGUGGCGGCGAUCAGAACUCCUACGAGUACAAGCCGAGGUCUGAGCGGGCAGCAGCAAGUGACUUGACCUCGACAGACUACAAAUUUAGGUCAGAACGCGGUGCAGAAUCGAGUGACUACAAGUCCAAGUAUGACUUGAAAUCGGACGACUUCAAGCUGCCCUCCAAGGCAGUGGACUUUGACCUGCCCAAGACGGACCGCAAGAAGGACGACUACUCCUUCUCGCCCUCCACCGACAGGAAGACCGAAAGGUACUCUAGUCUGUCGUCCUCGGCCGCCGCAUCCUCAGCCUCGACCGAAAAGAAAUCCCUCACGGCGUCCAGCAAGGACGCGGACAUUGAGGCUGACGACGAUAACGUGUCGGACAUGAUGAAGAAGCUGCCGUCCUCUCAAGAAAUCCUCGAGAGAAUCAGCAAACUGGAGCUCGACGAUUGACUAGGAAACAUGAUGGACGCCGACCUUUGAUGAGGCGAGGACUGGUCGGUCACGCAGGGCGUCCACGCCCCCCUCCCGGCUCCCCCAUGAACCCUGACAUAGAGAACCUUCUCGAGAUGCAUAUAGCCGGAUAUUUUGAACUUCCUCCCCUUAGAAACAGGUCUUCGCUGUCACCUUCGCUGCGCACUCACACGGCGACCAAAAUGUGCACAUGGCAACGCAUGGAAAAAAGUCUCACCUGACCUGCAAGUCUGGCAGCGCCUGUGUCACGCUCCCGAAUUAGUAUCACGACGGACAGACCGGCCGCUCAACGCGCGGGAAUGUCCGCCCCCCGCACGGUGCCGCUGCACCAGGCGAGGCAGACAGCGCCUCCCAACGUUCGGUGUCCAUCAUGAGAAGAAUGUCGCCUUGUCUCAAGUGUUUCCCUCUUUCCUUCACUCUUUAGUGCCUUGCGCCACCCCCUUCGACCCCUGUGUGACCCCCUCCCCCCUCGUCUCUCCAACCCACGCACCUUUCGUCUAUUCCAAAACAGUGAUAACUUCUGACAUUUAUUCGCGGAGACAGUUUUUUAUAUGCUAUAACUCUCUUUUAUAACUAGUGACGGUCCUUCUUAAGUGUUUACAAAGAGGAAAUGUUUUGUGUUAGAGUGAGUGAUGUUUGCGGAAACUUUCAAGCGAGAAGUCUCCUCCACGCUGGCGGCGGACGCGAAGAAGGAGUCCCCCCCACGACACGUGU